AUGGGAAGUAAAGUUGCAAAUUCAGAAUCGGAGCGAUCCCUGUCUCUAAAACAGUAUCACAUAUCUGAAGAAUAUGGCUUUAUUCUACCUGAUCCUCUGGUUGAGCUGCCACUGUACUUCCGGCCCUGGAUGGAGAUUGCUGGAUGUGUCAGUGAGCUCGUCUCUUCUCACUCCCUUCGCUCGUCUGUUCAUAAGAUGCCUCUGUUGGAGACUGACCUGCUACAAAGCCAUCGAGAACUGCGCCUGGCUCAUCUGGCCCUGAGUAUCAUUACUAUGGGUUACGUAUGGCAGGAGGGGGAGGAAGAUAAAGUUAAGGUUCUCCCACAGAACCUAGCAGUACCAUACUGGGAGGUAUCUCAGAGGUUGGGUCUCCCACCAAUCCUUACUCAUGCUGAUGGGGUCUUGGCCAACUGGAGGAAAAGAGAGCCAGAUGGUCCACUUCACAUGGAGAAUCUAGAGCUGCUGUUCGGUUUACCUGGUGGAGAAAGUGUCAGAGGUUUUUUCCUCGUCACUCUGCUGGUGGAACUGGCUGCUGUUCCUGCUCUCAAGGCCAUCCCUGAAGUGAUCCGAGGUGUCUGCGAUGGUGAUGUGCCCCUGGUGACCCGAGGUCUUGAUGUUGUCAGUCGGUCUAUAAAUGACAUGAAGGAGGCUCUCAAACAAAUGCACGUAUACGUGGAUCCUUCUGUAUUCUAUGGCAUUAUGAGGCUCUUUUUAUCAGGCUGGAGAGACAACCCGUUGAUGGCAGAGGGGCUCGUGUAUGAGGGCGUUCAGGCUGAACCAAUGGAGUUUUCAGGAGGGAGUGCAGCUCAGAGUUGUCUGCUCCACUGCUUCGAUGAGCUGCUAGGAGUCAAACAUGAGGAAAAGAGUGCGAACUUCCUGACCCGAAUGAGAGACUACAUGCUUCCAUCUCACAGAUGCUUCAUUGAGGAAAUCUCUUGCGCUCCAUCCCUGAGGGACUUUGUGCUAAAACAAGCAAAUGAGCGUCUGACGGAGGCCUAUGAUCACUGUGUGGCUCAGCUGGUUUCACUGCGGAGUUACCACAUCAGUAUCGUGUCACGCUUCGUCACUGUCCCGGCAUCCCGAGCCAAGCAGCUCCACUGUGAAGGUCCAGACUCUUUAGAAGAACACAGCCCUGUGUGGAAAGCACCCAAAGCACUGGAAGAAAGAGGAACAGGCGGCUCAGGGAUUAUGAGCUUCCUGAAGACAGUGAGGGACAGAACGAAAGAAGUUUUCACCUCACAGUCAGCAUUGGGAAGUGACAUAUGA